AUGGAUGUGCACCUCUACGUGUACGACCUUUCUCAGGGUCUUGCACGUAGCAUGUCGCGACAGUUUCUCGGAAUCCAGAUCGACGCCGUAUACCACACAUCGAUCGUUCUCGAAGGCAUAGAGUAUUAUUUUGGCGGAGGCAUCCAGACGUGUCGAGCUGGCGCCACACAUCACGGCCGUCCCAUGGAGACAAUCAAACUCGGACAGACGUCCUUGCCGCUCGAGGUGAUUCUGGAGUACUUGGAAUCGCUGAAGACGAUAUACACAGCAGAGUCAUACGACUUGUUUCUGCACAACUGCAACAACUUCUCGAAUGACUUUGCCAUGUUCCUCGUAGGAAAGGGUAUACCUGCGCACAUCACCAGUCUGCCACAGGACGUCCUCAACACUCCCUUUGGUCAGAUGCUCAGGCCUCAGCUUGAUUCCAUGAUGCGACCGAUUACACAAGCACCCACGCCUCAACCCGUUACGCCCGCACGACCACAGGCCGCUACGAGUUCACCUAAUGGGGCAGCAAGUGCUGCGCCAACGAGCAACGGCAAUGCCCUUGCAGCAUACACAGGUCGUGUCAACAACGUCACUACGAUCAAGGAGGUUGAUCGGCUACUCGAGCUAGCCAAGGAUCGUUGCGCUAUCAUCUUCUUCACUAGCGCAACCUGCGGUCCUUGUAAGCUUGUCUAUCAACCUUAUGAUGACCUGGCUGCUGAAGCAGGCUCCAAGUGCAUCUUUGUCAAGAUUGAUUUCACACGCGCGGACCGUUCCAUCAAUGAUCGCUACCCGGGCGUACGCGCAACGCCAACUUUCAUCACCUACAGCAAAGGUUCAAAGCGGGACGAGUGGAGCGGAGCAGAUCCUCGGCAGCUGCGCAGCAACGUAGAAUCAUUGAUGAAUGCUACCUUCCCACCGCAUCCACAUCUUUCGCAGAGCACACCACAUCUACUACGCCAAAGCCAGCGCCCCAUCACCUUCACAAAGGUUCCACCGCUAGAGAAAUUGGCAACAAAAAUGGGCGAUGCCGGCAAAGAUCCUGCUGUCACAUCGAUAGUAUCAUUUAUCAACGCUCGAGAGAAGUCUGGAGCGAUGGAGGCGCCUUUGACACAAUUACCACAGUUUGCAAGUUUUUUGAGGAACAGCACCUCCCAACUUUCGCCAGACUUGCUUUUCACCACAUUCGACCUGCUCAGAGUCGCCCUUACAGACAUACGUGUUGCUGGGUUCUUCGCUGAGGAGCAUAAAGGUGCUACUGGCACACCAGCAACGGUCCACCACUUACUUACUCACGUCGAGAAACUGGGCGAGUCGGCACCAUACCCACUGCGUCUCACUACCUUGCAUCUAGCGUGCAACCUUUUCAACUCCCCGCUUUUUGUCUCUCACCUGCUCUCGCCGCCUCUCUCGUCAACACUCAUUUCCAUCCUCACAACCUCUCUCCUAGAUGAUACGCACCCGGCGCUCAAAGCGUCCGCGCUUAGCCUAGCCAUGAAUCUAGCGUCUUCGAAUCAUCAGAUCCGGAUGAAGAAGUAUGGCGGCAAUGUCACACACACGCUCUCGUCAGGAUCUGAACUUGAGGAAUCUGAACAGACUGAGCUGCUAGCUUCCCUGCUUGAGACAAUAGGCACCGAGGAAGAGUGGAGUGAGAACAAGAAGAUGGCCAUCAUUACUACGGGUUGGCUUGCUUAUGGUGCAGAUAUGGACGGUGAGCUGAGGGAUCUCUGGCGCGUUAUGGACGCUGCCGGGACAGUGGGCAAAAUUCAGCCAAAGACCGCGGAAGAUAGACUGCUGGUGAAGGAGGUGCACAAGAUUUUAGAGGCAUAG